CCAAAAGAUGCAAAGCUCAUAGCUCCAUAACAUCACCAUGGGUCCACCUCUCUCCACGUGGCCUUACAGCCACCCGCACAGCCCAAACCGAGUGUGUGACAGUGACAAUCAAAAAUCGUACUUAGUGACACUAGUUGACAACUUCAGAGUGUUCUGCCUGAACUUCACGUUUGCGUUACUGGUGGUUCAAGUGCUUUUUAGUUGGAACUCUGUGACUGCUGGGCCGGUUAUUUUGAACCUGAGUUAUGCGCAAGGUCCAGUCCCCCUAGCGAGAAAUAUAAGGCAUUUGCCAUGCAUAUCAAGAAGAACAGGCCAAGAAGGGCUCUGCAUGUUCGCCAUAGACUGCCUCAAAGCCAACGGUUCCCACCUCGGGACAUGCAUCGACAGGUUCUACUUCGGAUCCUGCUGCCAGAUCCCGGACAAAACCAUCCUCCCACAAAUCAUUGGCAACAACAUAGAAGACAACAGCAUAGACAGUGCGAAUUUCGUCCAUCCGCAAACUGAAGAUAAGGUCCAAAGUACAGUCAGCAAAAUCCCAGAUAUAUUCCCCACUAGGAAGACGACUACAGAGAAAGCGACAGAAGCUACUGUCACUGAGAAAUCAGAAACGGUACAGGACAGAACCGAACCUGUGGAUUUGGAAACGAAAACUGAUGAUGUAACGACGAUUGAUGAUAAAAACGAUGGAAAACUAACAACGAUGGUAGAAUCAACGACGAAGGCUCAAGCAACUAAACCAUUAGCUACAGAAGUUCCUAUCAAAUUGUCAACCUUCCAAACAGUGUCAGGUGAUAAUUCAGUGACGGAAGUACCGAAGACUGAAACGACAGAAGAAGAGAAACAAACUACGCCUACAACAACAACAACGAAGAAACCAAAACCUUUAGUUACGAGAAAACCAGUGAAACCAACGUAUAAGCCCAGACCUACUUAUAGACCGUCGAAUUUCACUAGACCACAGUUCUCUCCUUCCACCCUCAAACCAAGACCCACAAAGCCACCGUUAAUAUUCAAUAUCACAAGGAAACCACCACCUAUCAAACAACCUCCGAAAAGAAAUACCACCAAAAAACCCUUACCAUCCCCACCAAGGCUCAAUAUCACCAUAAUCCCCCAAUCUACAAGUAGUAGACCAAUAUUUACCAGACCUCUCACUACUUCCAUCACCUACAUCAACUCGACACUCGCAGCCGAAGAAAAACCUACAACGACAACGACAAUCUCAACUACUACGAGUACAACUACGCCAUCAACAACAACGACAGAAAAGUUAACGACAACAACAGAAAAGGCAACAACGACAACAGAAAAAAUUGUAACAACGUUACCAACAGAGAGAGUUACGGAAACAGAAACUGUUACUGAGACUUCAAUUGUUUCGUCGACUGAAGAAAUGACAGAGAGAAUGACUGAAAGAACGACUACUAUGGAACCUUCUUCAGUACAGCCUUCAUCAACAGAAUCGUCGUCAGAAAUUCCUUCAUCUGAAUCAUCUUCAGUAAUUCCUUCAUCUGAAUCAUCUUCAGAAAUACCUUCUUCUUCAGAAUCUUCUCCAAUCGAAGAACCUGUUCAAGAAACUUCUCUAACGACACCGACUGAAGAAAUCAAAGAGACCACGUCUCCUAUCACCGAAAAAGAGACCAUAAGACCGGCUACUGAGGCUGAUAUUCCUGUAUCAUCAUCAUCAGCUGCUCCUACGGUAGUUUCCACGGAGUUUCCGCCCUUCGUCACGUGGUCAACGGUGGAUGGGGGAACGAAAGCACCUGAGGGAACGAAGGCUCCUGAGAACCUCACUACUCCAGUUGAUGACACGUGGUCACCCAUAACUCCACCAGACGGCUGGGUUUUAAUAUCAACAGUCCCACCUUCAUCUACCUCUGAAUCAACAACAAGCACCACCACCAGCACAACAACAACAACUGAACAACCGACAACAGUUGAAGCGACCCAAGCGUCACAAGAAACCACAGUGCAACCUGAAACUACGGAAAAACAAGAGCCUGUAACAACGCCAUCAACAACAACAACAAUGACGUCAUCAACAACAACAAUGACGUCAUCAACAUCAACAGAGUCCACGUCAGCGCCGUCAACAACAGAAGCGCCAAUCCUAGAGUUUACGGUCAACGUGACGCUGUCGCCAACGGUGCCUACGUCAACCGUCAGUGUGACUACGAUGACGCCGGUGACGGAGAAUGUGACGAGUGUGACGAAUGCGACGGAGGCUGACACGACUACAGCUGUGCCAGUAACGACAACUCUGAGCUCACUGAACAUGUCAAAUUAUAAGGAAGUGUGUGGCCGUCGCCUGUGGCCUCAAGGCCGCAUCGUGGGGGGCCAGAAGUCGGCCUUCGGACAGUGGCCCUGGCAGAUCUCCCUCCGUCAGUACAGGACUUCGACGUACCUUCAUAAAUGUGGUGCUGCUCUGCUGAAUGACAACUGGGCGAUCACCGCUGCGCAUUGUGUUGAGCACGUCCCACCUUCGGAACUGCUGGUCCGCCUCGGGGAGCAUGACCUGGCGAACGACAACGAGCCCUUCGGCUUCGCGGAGAGAAGGGUGCAGAUCAUAGCCAGCCAUCCGCACUUCGACCCAGCUACGUUUGAGUACGACCUGGCUUUACUCAGGUUCUACGAGCCGGUGACGUUCCAGCCCAACAUCCUCCCGGUGUGUGUUCCCGACAACGACGACGACUACGUGGGGAAGACUGCCUACGUCACGGGCUGGGGACGACUGUAUGACGACGGCCCGCUCCCUAGUGUCCUGCAAGAAGUACGAGUGCCAGUCAUCAACAACUCCCUCUGUGAAGCCAUGUACCAGGACGCAGGGUACAACGAGCAUAUCCCGAACAUAUUCAUCUGUGCGGGCAGGAGGAAAGGCGGCGCUGACAGUUGUGAAGGCGACAGCGGAGGCCCAAUGGUGGUGCAGCGAGACCGGGACAACCGGUUCGUUCUCGGCGGGGUCAUCUCCUGGGGCAUCGGGUGCGCGGAGCCCAACCAGCCGGGCGUGUAUACCCGGAUCUCCGAGUUCCGAGACUGGAUCAACCAGAUCUUACAGUUUUAGGGCCCUUUCCCACGGGAAUCCGGUUUUGUGAGAUCCUUACUGGACCCCGCAUAUCUGGACUUGUGGGAUGGAGCCUUAGGGUCAUUUGCAGUUCCCUCUAUCUCACUAUGUACUUUGCUGGACGAUUGAGGGGACCCCCAAAAAAAAACUCAAUCUUGGUCCCCUCGAUCCCUAGCCCCCAGUUGGUUAAAGACGGCCCUGGUCGUUUUGACAGAUACUAGUGUGAGGUUUGACAGGGAUGACUACAGUUUGGGAAUUGACCAUACAAUUGCUACUCGUUGGUCCCAAAGUUGGUCCUACCGCCACUCGUCCAACGUGUAGACCUACCCAGAUAAUAGCUUGUCCACCAAACUUUAGUGCCAAUAGGCUAUUUUCUAGAUCCUCACAUCUGACGAGUGGUUUUGGCAGUUGGCACCAACAUUGGGUUUGACGUUUCCAGCCAUUGCAGCCUUAAAGUUUUUGAGUGGUUUGACAUUAAUAAAUAGCAAACCACCGUAAUUUUGAAAUGACAUUAAAAGUUUGAGAACGUUCUUGGCUUGAAUUCACUUGAAUCGAAGAUCGGGCUAUAUUUUUGUACCUUUAGCUUUAGCAGCUCAAUAGGUACUGCGAAGGGUUAAAAAGAUAACAAAACCUUUUUUAUUGAGUUUUCUAAAACUAGUUUUAACUGUUAGACAUUUUUCAUUAGAUUUUUUCUUGAUACUUUACGUACAUACGCCCACACUGUUAACUAUCAAUUUCCGUUUUUGCUCUCGCUCUAAUCAAAUGGCGAUUCUUUGCGAUAGAACGAGAUGACAUGACUUUCAAUGGGCAGUUAACACUGUUGGCGAUAGUACAUUUCAUGAAUAUGUCAAAAAGCUUCUUUACAUCGGAAAACAAAACCAAUUCACAAGCUUAAAUUAUGGUAGAGACUUGUGGUAGAGACAGAUUAACUUACUUAAUUUAAGAGUCGUGCAGUGAUACUUGUUGGUAAUAGAAUAGUAAAAUAUUAGAUUAAAAACAGUGUUUUGUAUAUUUUUGCCAAUUUGAAAAUAAAUAAAAAUUGGUACAAAUAAAAAGAAGACUGGAAUGUGGUGCUAAUUCGGUCCAAAAAUAAAAUUAAUUAUUUUUGUUAAAAAUGUGAAAACUACGUAAAUAAGUAGAAUUUAUUUUAACAACGAAUUUAGAAGACUAUUUUCUAUUUGUGUAUUAGUUAGAUAAUUAUUUAUUUUUGUUGUCAAUUUAAGUUUAAUUGUUAUGAAUCUUCCGAAUUUAUAAUUAAGUACUUAAUUAACUAAUAAUUUGUAAAAAUGCAUUAUUUUGUUGCUUUUUAUUUUAAUAAGGAUAACAAUUUCAAUCUACAAAUAGCUCAAAUAGUUUUUUUAAUUUCACAAAAUAAUUUUACAUUCCAUUUUUAUCAAUAACUUUACGUAACAGAUCUAAACUAAGUAUAAAAUAAGAUUAAAUGUAAAUAUUUUAUAUGAAUUUGACUUGAAAAGAUGCAUUUAUUAAAUAUAUUUAUAGUUAGCCAUAUAAAAAGUAUGAGAAUGGUUCAACGUAUGUUAGAAACAUACAAGGACAAAAUGGUCUAAUAAUAAA